AUGGGGUUUAUGAAUAACAGCUGGUUUCAACCUCCCACUCUCAUUCUAACAGGCAUCCCUGGAUUGGAGGCUGUACAAAUAUGGAUGUCUAUCCCAUUGUGUACCAUGUACCUGAUUGCCCUUCUGGGGAACUGUACCAUCCUCUUUGUUGUCAAAACUUCCUCCAGCCUUCAUGAGCCUCAGUAUAUCUUCUUGUCUAUGCUGGCGGCUACAGAUGUGGGUCUGUCUUUAUCAACUCUGCCUACAGUACUAAAUGUCUUUCUCCUGAAUCACAGGGAUAUUGAGUUCCACUCGUGCCUAACGCAAAUGUUCUUCAUCCACACUUUCUCCUCCAUGGAGUCUGCCAUCUUGCUAGCCAUGGCCUUUGACCGGUUUAUAGCUAUUCGCAACCCUCUGCACUACACUGUGAUUUUAACUCCUCCUCGGAUUGUUGGGAUGGGGCUAGCAGCUGUGGUUAGGGGAGUGAUAUUGAUGGCACCCUUGCCAAUCCUGCUCAAGCGAUUGCCCUUCUGCAAGGAUGUCAUUCUAUCACAUUGUUACUGCUACCACCCUGAUGUUAUGAAGCUGGCCUGUGGCCCUGUCAAAGUCAACAUCAUCUAUGGAUUGUCCCUUGUACUCUGCUCCUUUGGAGUUGACUCAGUGUUCAUUGUAGUCUCAUACAUCUUGAUUUUGAAAACAGUGCUGGGAAUUGCUUCAGAAGGUGGUCAGCUCAAAGCACUUAAUACUUGUGUUUCUCACAUCUUCACUGUCUUCAUCUUUUAUGUGCCACUCAUUGUGCUGGCCCUGAUUCAUAGGUUUGGUAAAUUCGCAUCUCCUCUUCUCCAUGUCACCAUGGCCAAUCUCUUCCUCUUCUUGACUCCUGUCCUCAACCCCUUGGUUUAUAGCCUGAAAACCAAACAGAUAAGGUCUGCAGUACAUAAGGUUUUCAAGGUCAGGAGCAACAUUUUGAAGUAA